CCACUCAAGAGUUAACGUUCAUCCCUUUUAGACUCAUAAAAUAUAAAGCUCAAUAUUGCUCAUAUAGUGUAUAUUUGUAUAUGUAAAGUGUAGACCACAACAUAUGGACGCCUAAUUUAGAUAAAUUUCAUACAUUAUGAUGGAUGAAAACUUGAAAGGAAGGUCAUUUCCAGCCUAUGAUAAUUGCUAAGAGACUAAGUCAAUUUACACAAACACAACAAUUCAUUAACCCAUACUAUUGUCAUAGAUUUUUGUUAGGUGAAUACUUCUAUACUAAUCGUAAGAUAAUUGUCUUAGUUGCAUGUAUUUUUGUUAAGGGUCAACUAUAACUACCUGUUGAUUGUUAUGUUUUAUUCAUUAUAUAAAUUGCGAAUUGUUGCAUUAACCGGAAAAUUUUCAUCAUCAAUGAUAAUGUGAUUUUAUAUUGGUUAAUCUGGUUAACCAAUUAACCAAACCGAUUAAACUUUAGUUUGGUUUGUUGUUGUAUUAGUUUGGACGGUUUGGUUAUGAUAUUGUAUUCCAUGGUUAAUGGAAUUUAGCCUUAUUUGGUUUGGUUAUAACCAUGGUAACCAUUUGAACACCCCUAAUUGCUUGGCAGGUUUAACAGCUGUCCUAGUAGAGAGCAUUGGAAUGCUAUAGAGAGGGUCAUGAGAUACCUCAAGAGAACAGCAAACCUUGGUAUACACUAUCAAAGGUUUCCUGCUGUACUAGAAGGGUAUAGUGAUGCAGAUUGGAAUACCCUAUCAGAUGACUCCAAGGCAACCAGCGGGUAUGUUUUUAACAUCGCUGGUGGAGCUGUGUCUUGGAAGUCAAAGAAACAAACAAUCAUAGCUCAAUCAACUAUGGAAUCAGAGAUGAUAGCACUAGCAACGGCUAGUGAAGAAGAAAGUUGAUUGAGAGGAUUGUUUUCAGAGAUUCCCCUAUGGGAAAGGCCGGUCCCUCCAGUAUUGAUCCAUUGUGAUAGUACCGCAACUAUCGCUAAAGUUGAGAACCGGUUCUAUAACGGAAAGAAACGACAAAUUUGCCGUAAGCACAGUACUGUUAGAGAACUCCUAACGAUAGGAGCAGUGAGGGUGGAUCAUAUAAGAUCCAAACAGAAUCUAGCUGAUCCUUUGACGAAAGGAUUACCUAGAGAGAAAGUCUAAAAUACCGCCAAGGGUAUGGGACUUAUGCCUACCGAACCACGGACUACAAGUGAUGGUAACCCGACCCAAUAGACUGGAGAUCCCAAGAAAUGGGUUCAAUGGGUAAUAACAAGUCAUGAGUAGUAUGCGAAAAGUUCAUGCAUAGUGAAGCAUGAAUCCCAAAGCAAUGGAGGUUGAGUUAAUAACUCUUAAUGAGAUCUAUACCCUAUGUGGGGUGGAGUACUUUACUUUGGGGGUACUCCUGAUAGACUCACCUAUGUGAAUGUGGGAGUGGGGCCGCUCCCUAUGGAACUUUGGAGGCACAAAGUUGCUAGAGCGUUCACUAAACCAGGAUAACGUGCAUGGCCAUAAACGCACAGGCUAAGAAGAGAACACAACUCAAUGAAAAGAUCCGGUGUGCUACACUGUCUGAGAUAGGGUUCAAGACUACGAGUCACCCUUAUGAAAUCGGAAGUGUAACCACUACACUAAGGUUCAAAUCUUCGCGAUACCUUAGCUUAUGCCCGAUCUUAUGGAAUGCUCAGAGAUAGUUUCAAAACUAUUCAAGUGGGGGAUUGUUGGAAAUGUAUAUAUGAAUAGCUUUGAAAGCUAUAGAGUCUCAAGUGGAAAAACUACCACAUUGGUAGUUUUACUUGGUGAAAUGUGUAUAAAGAUAGGAGCCUCUCUCCUAAUGGCAAUGCCCCUUGGGGUGACCCACUUUUGUGGGAGAGGGAGGACCUAACAGACCACCACACACACGCGCGCGCGCCGUCUAUCCGCCCGACCGACCGGUCGGUCGGUCGAAGGAUAAUCCCGCAGGAUUUAUCUUAACCGACAAUUUUAAUUAAGGAAGUAAUUAUCUUCCUUAAUUAAUCCGACUUAUUCCCCAAGCAAGAGGGUAUAUUCCUAGGGGUUCGGCUCCUAUAAAUAGGCGUCUCCCCAGCCCCUCUAAACACAUCACAACGAGCAUAAGCACAAUAGAGAGAGUGUUCAGAGAGCUCCGGUUUUCGCACAAAACCGCGAGUAUUGAGAGGAGUUGUUUUAUCCUGGAGACGAUCGGUUGAUAGUCUGUCGUGCGCAUCGAAGGCAGUGUCGCGAACGUCUUAAAGAGAGCGACCUAGUCCGCGACUAAGCUCCAGAUUCCGUAAUCUCGUUCUUGUUGUUGUUCCGUUCCUAACAAAUUUCAGAUGCGGGUUCAAGUAGGGAGAAGACGACGGGUCUGGAGAGAAGAUGGAGAACGUGGCAUUUUCAAUUUCCUCUCUCUCUCACAAACAUCAAGCUCCAUAUCCAAAUUCGUGCAUCACAGAAGAGGAUCGCUCGAAACGGCGCUGCUCUUGCAAAGCCCGCUAACCCAGUAUUGGGCCAACCGACCGGGUCUGGACGGGUUUGACCAAAUCCGGGCGAAAUUCUUAUUGGGUCAGUAUGACCCGUUUUUGUGGACGGGUAAAACUGGGUCGACCGGUGGGUCAACCUUGUGGAUGGGCAGUGCUAAACACCAUUGAUCUCUCAUUCAGAGAAAACCAAAUUGGAACAAGGAGAAAUAAUAUCCAGAGCAACUGCCGUCCUUUAACUGGAUAAUCGUCACUUGUUCCAAGAACUCACAGUUAUAUGGGCAGGAAGAAAGCAACAUCUAACAGGAACGAGCAAUACACCGCUCCAACGAAACUAACCAGGUGAGCACUUCGCCCUCUCAAUCAGAAAGUUUGCUGCUUUGACCACUUUUCUUAAGUUCUCCAAAUUUAGCAGAGGGUAUUGCUCAAUCUCGAGGUUUUAGCUCAGAAAGCUUGCUGCUUUGAUCAAAACUAUUGCUCGGUGAAAGUGGGAACAGAGCACUUGUGCAAAUUUGAUGAUCUAAUAUGGGCCUUGUUGUAUUUUCUUCCCUUUUCCAUUCUCCCAGUUGGUACAGUUGAUCUAGUAGAACUGUAGUAUAUGUUUUUUAUACUUGUUGAAUUCCCUCCAUAUCAUAGUUUAAGUAGGGCGAAGAUUAGUAUGUGGCUGUGAGUUAGCCUUAUGUGACUCUAGAUUAGACUGGGCUUCUUUUGAUCCUUGGCUUCAGUUCAUGGUUAUAAUAAUCAUUCAGGAACUCAUUUCUGUUGUGCAGAUUCCAAGAUUUUCUUAUGCCUCAUAGGCAUUAGCAGUCCACUUCUUGCGUUGACAGUUGAAGCAUAAUAUGUCUAGCAUUUCUCUGCAAAAAGUUAUGCUUUGCUUCCUUCUAAAACAGUUUCUCUUGUUUUUUCUGCCCCUCCUGAAGAAGCAAGAAAGAAAUUUGUCGUCAACUCAUAAAUGGCUCAGGAUACUUCUGCUAGUGUUGACUCACCAAGACGACGUGCUGGACUCCUGAGAGAUCAGGUCAAAGUUGUUAAAAGAAAGGAUUCUGAGCGCUAUGAGGUUGCCCCAAUUGAAGAAACAUUGUCAUUUGAGAAAGGGUUCUUCAUUGUUAUCCGUGCAUGCCAGCUGUUGGCUCAAAAGAAUGAAGGCUUAAUCUUAGUAGGAGUAGCAGGCCCCUCUGGAGCUGGAAAGACCGUGUUCACUGAGAAGGUUCUCAACUUUUUGCCUAGCAUUGCAGUUAUUUCGAUGGACAAUUACAAUGAUUCUAGUCGCAUUAUUGAUGGGAACUUCGAUGAUCCAAGGCUGACGGAUUAUGAGACACUACUUGAUAACAUACGUGGUUUAAGAGAAGGGAAAAUAGCUCAAGUUCCAAUAUAUGACUUCAAGACAAGCUCUCGAAUUGGUUACAGGGCAGUGGAAGUUCCUAGCUCCCGCAUUGUGAUCAUAGAAGGCAUCUAUGCAUUAAGCGAGAAACUAAGACCAUUGCUAGAUCUUCGUGUAUCUAUUACUGGUGGAGUUCACUUUGACCUUGUCAAACGAGUUUUGCGGGAUAUUCAACGUGCUGGUCAAGCGCCGGAAGAAAUAAUUCAUCAGAUCUCUGAAACUGUUUACCCAAUGUACAAGGCAUUCAUUGAGCCCGAUCUCCAGACUGCCCAUAUAAAGAUCAUCAACAAGUUUAAUCCUUUCACUGGGUUUCAGAGUCCAACUUAUAUUUUGAAGUCAGCAAGGUCUGUCACAGAUGAACAAAUAAAGGCUGUUUUCCCUCAAGAAUACAAUGAGAGAACAGAGGAAACUUACGACAUUUAUCUUCUACCUCCUGGUGAAGAUCCAGAAGCAUGUCAAUCAUAUUUGAGGAUGCGGAACAGGGAUGGAAAGUACAAUCUCAUGUUUGAGGAGUGGGUUACAGACAGUCCAUUCAUAAUAUCUCCUAGGAUAACUUUUGAAGUUAGUGUGCGUCUUCUGGGAGGACUCAUGGCUUUGGGCUACACAAUUGCUGCCAUACUGAAAAGAAGCAGCCAUGUGUUUCAUGAUGACAAGGUUUGCGUGAAAACUGACUGGUUAGAACAACUUAACCGCCGCUGUGUUCAGGUGCAAGGUAGAGACCGUCUCUAUGUUAAAACUGUUGCAGAGCAGCUAGGCUUGGAUGGUUCAUAUGUCCCUCGAACUUACAUAGAACAAAUCCAGCUGGAAAAGCUUGUAAAUGAUGUUAUGGCACUGCCAGAUGAUUUGAAGUCAAAACUAAGCAUUGAUGAUGAUUUAGCUUCAAGCCCCAAAGAAGCCCUCUCUCGAGCCUCAGUAGACAGAAGAAACAAGUAUCUUAGCCGUGGCAUGUCUCAGUCAUUUUCAAGUCGACGUGAGAAGAAUAUGUCCAAUCUGACAAGACUUGCUGUUAACAAUAGAACAUUUGAUGGGAGAAAUAUGGAGCCCCCAGCUGGUCUAGCUACACAGGGGGUUGUUGCUCAACUUUCGGACCAGAUCUCCACCCUGAAUGAGCGGAUGGAUGAGUUUACAUCCCGUCUUGAGGACCUCAACUCUAAGUUGAGUGUCAGGAAAGUUUCAGCUAGCCAACAAAACCUGGCUUUGCCCUCUGAAGCUUGCAAUGGCACCGGAACACCUGCUGCACUGUUCGUGGCUGGCUUGGCUAAUGGUCCCCUAAGUGGUUCACUGAUACCUCAUUCUUCGUCGUCCUCCCAACUGGCCAAAGAGUCCCAGCUGAUGGAUGAGCUUCUACAGGUGGCGAGAGGACAACGACAGAUCCUGCACCAAUUAGACAACGUCAGCAAUCUUCUCCACGAGUGCUGGGGUGAGCAGUCUCGUAAAGAUAGAACUGAAAGGGCCAGUAGCAGCCUGAUGGAAGUAGACUCCAUUGCAGUUCCUUUGAUGUUGACUCUAGCAAUUGGUGGUUUAGGUGUUCUUUUGUUCAGAGGCCUUGCUUCCCAAAAGUGACUGAUCCUUCUUUUUCAUGGAAUCGCCUAGCUUCAGAUUACGCAAACAUACAAUGUUAUCUCACUAAAACAACUGAUAGAAACAGGAGAAGAAGCCUCUGUUGCUGCCAACCGGCGUUUCAGGUCUGAGAAGGCUGACUGUCACCCCCUAGCUUCAACAUCCAGCCAGUGUACUGUAAAUAUAUGAUAAUAAGCAUCUCUUUUGCGAGUGACAGAUCAUGUAUAGGUUCUGUAAAACAUCUGUGCUAGAGUACACAUAUACAACGAAGAACUCAGCUGUAAUGUUAGGCCAAACUUCUAGCCAUCGUAAAGAAGGCGGAGUGUUGGGAUCUGUUAGGGACCGUUGAACAGCACUUUUCAGGAUCUGUUACUGUUUACAUCAAAUAACAGAUCAAUGAAGUGAGAAAUGAUUGAUGUCCAGGUUCCAAGUAAUCGACUCCUACUUUCACUACCUUGGUAUUCAAGUCUUCCAUUAUUGGCUAUGAUCAUAUGUAAAGGGUCUACUUUAUCUUUUCAUGAAAAAAUGACCAAGGAUAUUCAACUGGAAACACUAAAAGCGAAUGACCCUUGACCUGUUCGACCGAUACCUUGAUUGACCCAUGACCUAAUUGACACGGCUCGAGCAACUCAAUUGACCCGAUUCAACAAAAAAGUAAGUUCCAUACGAAACUCAAUCCUACACUGGGGAAGCUAUGACAUGGCUUUGAGGUAGGGGUUAUCAAACACACUCGCAAAUCGAUCCACUCGUCCAACCUGAUCCAAUCCACCCGUAUUUGGUUGAGUGUUUUCUUUUGUACAACCCGCCUCUUUUGGGUUGGGUUUGGAUUUUGGAUUACACAACCCGUAGAAACCCGACCCAACCCGUGUUCCAACUAUGGGUAUGAGUUCGUAUCCAAAAAAAAUUUAUGUCGUAUAUAGCCAUACUUAUGAGAAAAUUAAGAUAUUUCACCAUGUUUUUCUCUCAUGGCCUCCCUAAUCUAAUGCAUUUUCGGCUUAAAGUUUAGACAUAAAUUUAAUAUAGCUAUGAUUCACGUGAUCCUUUUUCUUGUGUACAAUUUUAAUAGAAUAACAUAUUAUGA